AUGGCAAAUCUUGACGUGGUAUCAGAUAUCAAUAUGGGAUCCAGUAUGGAGAUCCGGCACGAGCAUAAUACGAAAGAAAAGGCUAAGGCUCGUAAGAGUGGACCUAGUCUUUGCAAUGGAGGAAGCGCUGUCAGAAAAGGCUUCCCAAAAAUUAAGUCGACAGCGACGCCAAUUACGGCACUCAGCGAGAGCGCGGCGUCUCACGAAUCUUCACAAUCCUCAAUAACGCAAGUUAUUGAUCUCCGGGAUAGCGAUGCCGGCAUCGAUGAUGCAUCGCUGGGUGGUGGGACUGAAUCAGACACAAUGGAGAGCGGAUAUCAUAUCCCGAAGUGCACUAUUAAAACAGCAACCGUGGUUGGAGAAGGGGAACUCAGCACGGAAACCGUGGUCGAACAACAGGAGGGACUCAGCAGAACUGUGUUAGAGGAGCCCAACAGAACAGGAACUAUGGUCGAGCAGCCGGAGGAACUCAGCGGAACACCCAAGGAAAACGCAGACCAAGUAUCUGCCUCCUCUUCCAAUACUGCACAGGACGACACUCAGAGUUCCCAGCUCGGUGAUAUUAUGCAGAGCAUUGACAAUCUAGGGGACACUUGGGGAGAUUUUGCUGGAGAUUUUGACUUUGGCUCUGAUAAAGUUGAUGACAAUGAUGUCUUACCGUCUUUGCUACCAGAGCUAAACAUCGACAUAGAUAUGGUGGGGAAUAAUCUGUGUUCUGAAAGAACUGUUUGCGAGAGCAAUAUUAAGCUAGCAGAGCUAGCUAAUAAACCAGCAGAGCCAACAGUGCUCCCACCGUUGAGGGAACUGAGGCUUCCCCCUCCUCGGGGGCCUGGAGGGGGAUUACACAAGUUGUGGAAGGCUAUGCGCGCCUUGCAAGGCACUCUGCAGGAAUAUUGUGCUAGCGCUGCCCCGGAAACCUCCUACUAUUGGAUUUACCCCUAUCAACAGACUUACCCCUAUCAACAGACUUACUCCUAUUAA